UCAGAGCGCCUGAGAUUGAGUGGGCGGUUUCUAGCGCCGCGACCACCACCUCCGCUGCCUCCGGGUCGGCCGCCGCCGCCGCCUCCCCCGUUGCCUCCUCCCCCGCCGCCGCCACCGCCGCCGCCACCCUCUCCGGCUCACUCGCCGCCUUUGCACGACCCGGGCCCGCUAUCCCUGAGAAGAAGCUGUAGUUGGUCUACCUCGCGGGCCCGGGGCACUGCCAUGGCGGACGGGGCCGGGGGCGCGGGCUCGGUGGGCGGGGGCGGAGCAGGCCAGGCCUCGGCGGGGGCGGCGGCGGGCGCGGCGGGGACUGGCGGAAGCGGUGGAGCCAUCAACCCGGCCUCACUGCCUCCCGGAGACCCGCAGCUCAUCGCUCUCAUCGUGGAGCAGCUCAAAAGCCGGGGCCUGUUUGACAGCUUCCGCCGGGAUUGCCUGGCCGACGUGGACACCAAGCCAGCAUACCAAAACCUGAGGCAGAAGGUGGAUAAUUUUGUGUCAACACAUCUGGACAAACAAGAGUGGAAUCCUACAAUGAACAAGAACCAAUUGCGAAAUGGUCUGAGGCAGAGUGUGGUUCAGUCAGGCAUGUUGGAGGCUGGAGUGGACAGAAUUAUUUCUCAGGUGGUGGACCCUAAACUAAACCAUAUCUUCAGGCCACAGAUAGAACGAGCAAUUCAUGAGUUCCUGGCAGCCCAGAAAAAAGAAGCUGUGCCAGCACCACCCCCAGAGCCGGAAAGCCAGGACCCCCCAGCUCCAUCCCAGGAUGCUUCCUAAGACUAUGCCUCCCACUUUUUGGACGCUCCCUUGAAUUAAUGGUGAAAAAUGGAUACAGAUACACGGAGUACAACUUCAGAAUGAAGAGGAGACAAGGUCACCACUGACUUCAAGAUUCAGCCUCGGCUGGAGAGUGGCAUCCAGGCUGAACAGGGAACGGUUUGGCAUUAGGAAAGGAGAGCCUGUGUGUCCCUUCACGGGCUGCCGUCUGGCUAGCCUGUCCCAAGGGGGUGACACUCAGUAAACACUACAGAGACCGAGAGAAACACUAGCAAUUUGGUGGUGUCCUAAAACAGACCUUAUACUUGAACUUGGAAGCUGCAGAUUUUAGUUUGUGCUUAGGAAUAGGAAAA